ACAAGGUUAAAAACAAUUAAGUGACAAGUGACGUUAAGAAUAUAUUGCAAAAUGUUAAAACAAAUGACUCGUUUAAUGAAUAUAAUUAAACGGUUCUAAAAAAUAACCAAAUGAACUGUAUUUUUUAAAAUGUCUGGUGAGGAGGAUUUGGAUAAAAAGUUUCAAGAAGAUUUAGAACGUGCUCAAGCAUUAAGUUUAGAAUCCCUAGCAUUGGAACAAUUUAGAAACAGAAAAAGACUCGAGAAUGUUGAUUUAAAUUCCAGCCAAAUAAUAAAUAAACCUUCAAGAAGUGUUUCUGUUUGCAGAUCAAGUUCCAUUAAUGAAUCUGAUUGCACUACUGUUAUUGAGUAUAAAAUUAAAUCUCGUCCUCGUCCAGAACCAUUAAAUAGUCAGUCAUAUUCGAAUAUUGUUCCACCUCCUCCAGUUCGCAGAAAUAGCUCAGUAAAUGAAAAAACUGCAGAACCAGAUUUAAUAUCAUUUACAAGCCCAAGUAAAGAGGACUUAAAUUUUUUUGAGUGCACAGACAGUCCAUCAACUAACCGACCUCCAGCUGAACUUCCAGUAAACAUUCUAAGUAGUUUAAUUUCACCUCAGUGGCAGAUAGAUAAGCCCUUUCUAGCAUAUAGUACAUCUACAUCAAUCAUUCCGCAAGCAAAUGAAGCCAUUUUGCAAACAACACCCUAUUCUUUUAUUACUCCUAAGCAGGAACCAACUAAACCUCCUAUUCCUGGGUUUAAUGUGCUAUCAUUGUACAACAGAAAUGGUCAAUCAUCAACAGAUAAGGCACCUCCACUGCCUCCAAAAAACCAUACUAUGCCUCCACCUCCUCUCGUAGCUAAACCCCAUAAAACUCAACCUGACAACAAGUCUUACUACAUCUGUGAUAAUUUGAUAGAUUUUACACUUUCGGAACCAAAUGAUAAAAAUAGUGUAAGAGUAAGCAUUCUGGAAGACUUUGAUCCGUUAAUAAAUAGUAAAGAUUCAAAUAAAGGCUCAAAUUUUAAGAUCCCCGAGGUAUCUGAUGAUGACUUAGAGUCUAUAUAUGCCAGUGUAUACGACGAGUAUGAUCCCUACGACUUUAUUAAUUCAAGUUCUGGUAAGAACAGUACAAGUGAUCCUCUAUAUGAAGCAGUUUUAAAAUCGGAGUAUGUUCCACCUUUAUCACCUUCACCUCCGCUGAUCUCGAGAAUUAUUUGUUCGACAAUUGGGCACAGAUCUCCACAAAAGGCUGAAAAAAUUUUACCAUUGUAUGAGAAUAUCACGGUUUUAGAUAAACCAGUAAUUAAUCCCGAUUUAAUUGCUUUUCAUAAGAUGGUCAAACAUCUUAGGGAGCAGUUUCACUAUGAUGAUCCUGACACUAAUAUGGGUCUGAUUGUAAGCCCAAUGAUGCACAGACGUUAUAAAGAAGGCACAAGUAUUAAAGUAGUAAUUCAUCCCCAGUAUGAAAAUGCCGACUUCAAUCAACCCGUUAGCUUUACUUGUAACGUUACCUGUAGUAUAGAACAUAUAACUCAACACGUUGUAUGCGAAUUAGACGCUCCUUUGGAUGACCAGUAUACAUUAAAAGUAUGGGGUUACAAUGAGUAUUUAGUGCCUACUACACUACUUUCUGACUACGAGUAUGUUCAUAAUUGUCUAAAGUUAGAAGAAGAUGUACUGCUAAUAUUAAUUCCCGAUAAGCUUAUUGAUAGAUCUUUGGCCAGGACUAUUCAAGAUGAUAAACGUGAUAAAGAAUUGAAUUUAGAUGACUUGGUGUUGACUGAUAUAAGUUCUGUGAUAAAUAACAACCAAUUAAAAAUUNUUUUAGAUAAACCAGUAAUUAAUCCCGAUUUAAUUGCUUUUCAUAAGAUGGUCAAACAUCUUAGGGAGCAGUUUCACUAUGAUGAUCCUGACACUAAUAUGGGUCUGAUUGUAAGCCCAAUGAUGCACAGACGUUAUAAAGAAGGCACAAGUAUUAAAGUAGUAAUUCAUCCCCAGUAUGAAAAUGCCGACUUCAAUCAACCCGUUAGCUUUACUUGUAACGUUACCUGUAGUAUAGAACAUAUAACUCAACACGUUGUAUGCGAAUUAGACGCUCCUUUAGAUGACCAGUAUACAUUGAAAGUAUGGGGUUACAAUGAGUAUUUAGUGCCUACUACACUACUUUCUGACUACGAGUAUGUUCAUAAUUGUCUAAAGUUAGAAGAAGAUGUACUGCUAAUAUUAAUUCCCGAUAAGCUUAUUGAUAGAUCUUUGGCCAGGACUAUUCAAGAUGAUAAACGUGAUAAAGAAUUGAAUUUAGAUGACUUGGUGUUGACUGAUAUAAGUUCUGUGAUAAAUAACAACCAAUUAAAAAUUUUGUUGGAAACAUUGGAAAAGGAAAUUUCAAAAUUAGAAUUAUACAUAACAGAGGGUAGUACGAGUGAAAGAGGUGGUUUGGUGAGAGAAUCCCAGUUAUCAGGCGUUGUUCAAACUGUUAAACUAAUCUCAAAUAUAAUAGGGAAUUUAGAAACUAUUGAAGUAACUCAAGCGUUGGACGAGUUGAAAAAUUUAAACAAUAAUUUGUCUUAUGUGGGUCAGAAUUUAAAUGUAUUUCUUACAGUUACCUGUAGUAUAGAACAUAUAACUCAACACGUUGUAUGCGAAUUAGACGCUCCUUUAGAUGACCAGUAUACAUUGAAAGUAUGGGGUUACAAUGAGUAUUUAGUGCCUACUACACUACUUUCUGACUACGAGUAUGUUCAUAAUUGUCUAAAGUUAGAAGAAGAUGUACUGCUAAUAUUAAUUCCCGAUAAGCUUAUUGAUAGAUCUUUGGCCAGGACUAUUCAAGAUGAUAAACGUGAUAAAGAAUUGAAUUUAGAUGACUUGGUGUUGACUGAUAUAAGUUCUGUGAUAAAUAACAACCAAUUAAAAAUUUUGUUGGAAACAUUGGAAAAGGAAAUUUCAAAAUUAGAAUUAUACAUAACAGAGGGUAGUACGAGUGAAAGAGGUGGUUUGGUGAGAGAAUCCCAGUUAUCAGGCGUUGUUCAAACUGUUAAACUAAUCUCAAAUAUAAUAGGGAAUUUAGAAACUAUUGAAGUAACUCAAGCGUUGGACGAGUUGAAAAAUUUAAACAAUAAUUUGUCUUAUGUGGGUCAGAAUUUAAAUGGUAUGCAUGAAUCUACAAAAGACUCGUUUAAAGGUGCUAUUUGUCGUUUAAGAGAGGCGGUACAAGAUCUGAUAGAAAUGUACUGUAAGGCAUUUGGAAUAAGCAUCGAAAUAAAAAAUAAAGUCGACGUACCGGUUUCCCCAUCAAAAAUUCAGGAUGUUAAUGAAUCUGUAUUAAUCCGAGUUUGCUCAAUUCAUCGACCGUCAAUGGAUUGGAAAUAUGACAACUAUCUUAUAGCUGCUCAAGUUUAUCACGGAACAAGACCAGUUGGACAUCCCCUGUUGACUCAGCCAAGUGAAAUAAGCCAAAGUUUAUAUUCUAGAAUAUUGUUUAAUUGCUGGCUGGACUUAGAAGACGUCCUUAUAAACACAUUAGCAAGGGAAGCACGACUUGUGCUAGUAAUAUAUGGAAGAAAGCUCCAGAAUGAUGAAGAUAAAGACAGCUCUAGUGCUCCUCAAUACAAACAAGAAGAACUUGGGUGGGCUUCUGUUCAACUUUUUGAUUAUAAAGGUAUCAUGACGCAAGGGGGCAUGCUACUUUCUAUAUGGCCAAAAGAAUGCAAUUAUAUAUACGGUCCAGCACCUACCCCAGGAAGCCAUCCUUUUUCUGACCAUGCAGUUCUUGCAGUUGAAAUCGCAGCUCCCAAGGUUGCAUUUCCCCCUACAAAUUCGUUCAUUACCUCAAAAGAAUUCAUUACUAAAGGAAAUUUUAACAGCUUAGAUUCACAAACCCAAGAGCAACUCUUGGAAAUUUCAGCGCAAGAUAUGCUUUGCAGGUUACCACCAGAUAUUAGAGAGGUGUUAUGGGAAAAACGACAUUAUUUAUAUAAAAUUCCUGAAGCCUUACCAAAAGUACUUUUAGCUGCUCAUAGUUGGGCACCUGCAUGUCUCAAAGAUCUUUAUGGAAUGUUGUAUUCUUGGAAACAGCUGUCACCUGUUCAGGCCAUUCAGUUGUUAUUGCCAACAUUUCCAGAUAUAGAAGUACGCAAAUUGGCUGUGAGAUGGCUUCAUGGCAUUCGAACGGAUGAGUUGGUAGAUUUUUUACCACAGUUAGUAGUAGCUUUACGGCAUGAAACUUAUGAGAACAAUGCCCUUGCUCAUUUCCUUUUAGAUCGUUCUUUACGAUCGCCACGAAUUGCUCAUCAUUUGUUUUGGCUAUUAAGCCAUACGCUGCCAGGGUCUACACCACAAAACGGCAAUUUAACGAUAGAACCGGACGGAAUUGGUGAUGCAAGAUAUUUUCGACGUAUGCUGCUUAUGUUAAGAUCUCUUUUUGCAAUAUGUGGCGAAGCUCUGAGAAGUUGCUUCUUUUCACAGCAAAUAUUGGUGAAGGAUUUAAACGAUGUAGCAGAGAGAGUAAAAAAAAGCAAAGAAUCGCAUAGAUUAGUAGUUCUUAAUAAUGCAAUGGAAGGUAUUCAUCAGUAUCUUCAAGAGAAUCCCACUAGUCUUCCAUUAUCUCCAACAUUGCGUGUUAAUGGUGUUCAUGUUGAGAGUUGUUCAUAUUUUCAAUCGAAUACAUUGCCACUGAAAAUCAAUUUCAUUGCAUGGGACGGUUCUAUGGUUCCUGCUAUUUAUAAGAUUGGUGAUGAUUUACAACAAGACCAGUUAACUCUUCAAAUGGUAAGGAUAAUGGAUAAGAUGUGGUUGAAAGAAGGUUUAGAUUUAAAAAUAGUUACUUUUGCCUGCAUACCCACUGGCAAGAAAAAAGGCAUUAUCGAGUUAGUGACCAAUGCUGAAACAUUAAGAAAGAUUCAAGUAGAGCACGGCUUAACAGGCUCUUUUAAAGAUAAACCAAUUGCUGAGUGGUUGGCUAAGCAUAAUCCCUCUGAAUUAGAAUAUACAAGAGCUGUUGAGAACUUUACAGCUUCUUGUGCUGGAUAUUGUGUUGUGACAUAUAUAUUGGGAGUAUGUGACAGACACAAUGACAAUAUCAUGUUAAAAACGUCUGGUCACUUGUUCCACAUAGAUUUCGGUAAAUUCUUGGGUGAUGCUCAAAUGUUUGGGAAUUUUAAAAGGGAUCGUGCUCCUUUCGUAUUGACUACAGACAUGGCGUAUGUGAUAAAUUGCGGUGAUAGACCUUCGGAAAAAUUUCACAGGUUUGUCGACCUUUGUUGUCAAGCAUUUAAUAUUGUUAGAAAUAAUGGAAACUUCUUUCUUCACCUUUUUACUUUGAUGGCAUCUUCAGGAAUUCGUGGGAUUACAUCAGAAGCCGUUAGUCAUUUACGUAGGGCAUUAAUGUUAGAACAGUCCAAUCCUGAAGCAGCUGCGCACUUUGCUCGACUUAUAGAAAGUUCAUUAAAGUCUUGGUUUACACAAGUUAAUUUCUUCCUUCACAAUUUAGCGCAAUUAAAAUUUUCCGCAGCUUCUAAUGAGGAUCAGCUGUUAUCUUUUGUUCCAAAAACAUACAAUAUUGGUACAGAUGGUCGUUUGACCCAUGUUGCAGUGGUAGGAUUUCAAAAAAGGUAUGAUCCUGAGAAACGUUACGUUUACAUAUUACAAGUUAAAAGAGAAAAUCAGGUAGAAUACAUGAAUUUAUAUCGCACAUACAAGGAAUUUUGCGAACUUUAUCAAAAAUUGUGCCUUCAUUUCCCAUUAGCUAAAUUGCACAGUUUAUCAACAGGUAUGCAUAUGGGCAGAUCUAAUAUUAAGCAAGUGGCUGCGAAACGAUUCACAGAUGUGAGCUUGUUUGUACAAUCACUGUUUAAAACUGCUGAUGAAAUAGCACAUUCAGAUUUGGUUUACACGUUCUUUCAUCCUUUACUAAGGGAUCAACAAAGUCCAGAAUAUUAUUCAAUGAAGGCUAAAGAUCGAUUGUUUGAAGAAGAGAAAAGUGAGAUUGGAAAGUUAAAAGGACAAUUGAAACUGUCGAUAUGUUUUAAUAAAGGCAUUUUUACUGUCAUGAUUCAUCACGUCAGGUGUCUGCCGCUGCUUAGCAAUGGACAGGAACCGUCGACUUAUGUGAAAGUCUAUCUUCAGCCUGAUCCCACAAAAAGCACAAAACGAAAGACCAAAGUGGUGAAACGCAAUUGCCAUCCUAGUUUUAUGGAAAUGUUGGAGUAUAGACUGGCCUUAGAUGUUGUAAAGAAUAGAAUUCUUAAAGCAACUGUAUGGAAUCAUGAUCCUCUUCAAGAAAACGAAUUUCUUGGGGGUGUUGAACUGGAUUUAAGUCAAUUAGAUUUAACUAUUGAAACUACCGAAUGGUAUUCCCUCACUAAUCUCAGCCGAUAGUUUAGCCAGCAGCUGUUGGGAUAUUUUAAUAUGUAUUAAGUUAUAACAUUGUAUGUAAUUUUAUUUAUUAUUUAUAUACAUACA